UAAAGCAGGAAAGGUCUCAGCUCCAUAGAGUUCCUGCAGCUGAGAGACCUUGGAGCCCAGAAGAGCCAGAUGCAUUUGCAAGCCUCUCUCUCUCCUUUUUUUGUUUUUAUUUCCUCAUCCAUACCCAAAAAUUGUCAUGAAGUGACUUUCACUUAACUGCAAAUAUUUAGAUAUUUGUGGGCUGUUCUCUUCUUCCCCUUUGAGCAUUAGCCAAUAGCCACAUGCUGCCUCCUCUCACAGCAAAGAGCUGCCUUAAGGGAGGAUCGUUACAGAGGCUUUUUUAAACCACCAAAGAAAAUGCAAAUAGUCUGUGUGCUCUUAGCAUACGCUCUGGUAUGACCAGCUUGUUACUGAAGCCAGCCCUAGACAGAUCUGGGAAGAAAAUACUGAACUUAGACUUCCCCAGAAUCUUUCAUUUACUUCUAAGGGUGAAAACAGUGAGAAGAUCCAGUGUGUCAAGUUGGAGACUUAAAAAAUGUAAUGCCAGACUUUUUGAUAAUUUGUAGAAGAAUCUGAGAUGUGGAAGAAAACUUUCAAGUCUGGGUGUCUACAAGUGAGGUUCCUCAAAUCCAGUUAGGCAUCUGCACCACUGAAUAUCAAGCCACCUGUAUUCAGAUGCUUAACUAUGGAUUUAGGGACCUCACUUGAGGCAUCUACUGCACUGACAGAAAGGCUGCACAUUUCCCAUCUCUGGAGACUGUAGGUCUCAAGGUGAUACCUCUCAGGCAGAGCCCAUGGAUACCUCAGGAAAUACGACCGUAUUGUCUGGCGGCAACUUGACGUGCCCUUUGACCAUUGACGACUUCAGAAAUAAAGUGUACUCUACGUUGUACUCCAUGAUUGCGAUUCUAGGCUUUGUUGGAAACGGCUUUGUACUGUGUGUCCUCAUAAAAACGUACCAGCAGAAGACAGCCUUUCAGAUCUACAUGCUGAAUCUUGCAGUGUCAGACCUCCUCUGUGUAUGCACCCUGCCUCUUCGAGUAGUGUAUUACGUUCACAGAGGCAACUGGUUCUUUGGUGACUUCUUAUGCAGAGUUAGUUCCUAUGCAUUCUACGUCAACCUGUACUGUAGCAUUUUAUUCAUGACAGCCAUGAGCUUCUCUCGCUGCAUAGCCAUAGUUUUCCCCGUCCAGAAUCUCAAUUUGGUAACUGAGAAAAAGUCCAGACUGGCAUGUAUGAGCAUUUGGAUUUUUGUCACACUGACAAGUUCUCCAUUUUUACUGAGUGGGUCUUACCAAGAAGGUAACAAGACAAAGUGCUUUGAACCUCCAAAAAGCAGUCAGAUGACCAGUCUGCUGGUCCUACAUUAUAUUGCGCUGUUUGUAGGCUUCAUUAUCCCCUUUAGUGUCAUAACAAUCUGUUAUGCCAUGAUCAUAAGGACCUUACUGAAGAAUUCACUGAAGAAGAAUCAGUCUACUCGUAAGAAGGCCAUCUGGAUGAUAAUCAUUGUAACAGCUGCCUUCCUGGUCAGCUUCACACCUUACCAUAUUCAGCGCACAAUCCACCUUCACUUCCUGAAGAGGAAAGACUCCAGCUGUGAAGACAUCCUUUUCAUGCAGAAAUUAGUAGUGAUAACCCUAUCCUUGGCAGCUUCAAACUGCUGCUUUGACCCACUCCUGUAUUUCUUUUCAGGGGGCAACUUUCGGAGGAGACUUUCCACAUUUAGAAAGGCUUCCUCCUCCAGUGUGAUACAGGGACCCAGGAAAAAGUUAUCAUUAAAGGAGAAAGACGACGAGGCAUUUCAAGAAAGCCAUAGACAAGCUUGAUGUGUAGUGUAGCUGUACUUCCUUUGUAAAGUUUUUUGAGUGGCGCUGCAGUAGAAAUAAGCUCACAGUGGGACACCCAUGAUUGCAGAACUCCUGCAGGAGAAAUGAACAAAACAAAUGCAUCUUCAUCAAAGUUAAAUAGAGACAAAAAUCCAAAGGGACCUGCUUCUACUCAUUCCUUUCUGACCAGACACCCCUCUGGCUGCCAUUUAGGGGUUUAUCUGAUCGUACUGUGGAGCAUUCUGAGGGUAAUUUUAAAUUCCAAGAGACUCAAAGCAAACAGGGCUGAAAUGUGCAUGGAUAUUCUGAAUAUGUGCUCAGAAGGCAUGUAUAUUCCGCCCCCCACACCACCACCACCACCACUAAACAAGUUACAUCAGAGCAACAGGAAAACAUUUGCCGGCUGGUAAAUUCAUGCAAACAAACUCUUCAAAUCCCACGUAAGGUCAUGAGGCAAGUCUACAAAGGCCAUUAGUCACUGAGCCAGUGGGAAAUGUAAAUAUUUGCCAAGAUAGAAGUUGAUGGAACUUAUGCAAAGGGGGAGAGUAUGCACUGAAUCCCAAAACAGACACUGAUUUCACAGGAAAAUUUCUUCCCUAUUCCCAGUUAUGUAUUGCCCUGGCUUUUAACUUUCAGUGGCAUAGAUCAUUGAUUGUCACCACCUAAUUCAGAAGGGUGUGUGCACAGAUGACUUUAAGCCAUCUUUACACUUCCCCGGUUGUGGACCAGUUAUGUGGCAGGCCCAUCUUUUGGUGUAACUUAGAGCGGCCUAAGGACUGUUCUAACUUGUACUAGCUACUAACAACCCCAAGGAACUGAUCCUGCAGCCUGGGAUUAGGGAAACCCCAGCCAUUAGGGGAUGGCAUAGGAGCUACUACACUGGCUCUGCAUCACCAGAUGAUAACCCCAUGCAGAAGUAAUCCUCAUGUGAUCAUUUAUGCAAGCUUUAUGUACACUAUACAUUGGCAGUGCAACACAAAGAGCCACACCACACUAGAGGAUCUGAGCCUAUAUCUUCCCAUACAGGAACUGUAUUUGUCCCCCCUCCUCCCCACUCUCGCCUAUACAUUUCCUGUAAUUUGAGUUCCCUUUUGCAAAUAUAUUACAACACACUAGUUACCUCAGUUCACAGCUACAAGACCUUUGAAUGGCUUGCUGUCUAUCUGAAUUUUACAAGUAAAUCCCUAGAUAUAGUAUGGUAUGUGCCUCCCAAACAAACACUUUGGCCCCAGUCCUGCACCAAUUGAACCCUAAAAACAUGAGUAGUCUCCUUGAAGCCAGUGGCUGCUUACAUACAAAAUGGGAACUGACUGCCUAGGAAGGAGUACUGUGGAAAGGGAUCUGGGGGGUCAUAGUGGAUCACAAGCUAAAUAUGAGUCCUUGACCUCUGAGGCUAGGACAAGAAGCAAUGGGCUUAAAUUGCAGCAAGAGAAGUUUAGGGUGGACAUUAGAAAAAACUUCCUAACUGUCAGGGUAGUUAAGCACUGGAAUACAUUGCCUAGGGAGGUUGUUGAAUCUCUUUCUGCAGUUUUUUAAGAACAGGUUAGACAAACACCUGUGAGGUGUUUAGAUAAUACUUAUUCCUGUCAUGAGUGCAGGGGACUGGGCUAGAUGACCUCUGAAUGUCCUUUCCAGUCCUAUGAUUCUACGAAAAUUAAGCCAUGCAUCAGUCAGGCUUUGCGGGGCUGGGGUGGGUGGGUUGGAAAGGUAUAUUUAAAAUUCAAGAUACAGAGUUGAACCCCACCCACCUUCCCACCCUAGCUCCUCUUUGAAGUGUUUUCCACCAUAAAGUGGCAUUGUAAAAGAGGGCUGAACAGAGCAGGGUUAUUCUAAGUUGCCUAUGUAGCUUUGGGAGCAUUCCUGGAAGUAAUAUUAAACAGCAGUAAGUCAUCAGGUACAUUUUCCAUAUUGUAUUUUUGCUCAGUUGUUAGAGGCUGGGAGGAUGAGCACCAAAACUCCACAUUUCCUCAUUGCAGCUCCCAUGUCUUUCCUUAUCCAUGACAUUUCCCAGCCUUCAAAUUAAUGCUGAUUAGCAGGAGGACUUUCUGGCUUCCUCUGACCAGGGGCGGGGUUCCAGUAAUGGAGUAUUUUGGGUUGGCACUGUUCUCUCCUGCCACUCCACUCUAUUCUGACCACACAGGACAUGUUGGUCUCAAGCUGAAUUUUGCCUGCUCAAGGCAUGGAAGCGUGAGAGACCUUCUCUCCUUUCUUUCUUUGGGUUCCUGUCAGCUACAAGAGCUUUCCAAAGCUCCUGUGGCACCCCUCCUGCCAGGUAUUUCAUUGAACAACCUUAAUUUUAAUGUUAAAAUAUCUUUUUUUUUUAACACAAUUAAAAUAGAAUAGAAAUAUCAAUAGGAGUUGAAAUGCAGAGGCUACUGCUGUCCAAGACUUAAGCCGUGAAAUACACACUUAAAAUUCUCAAAAAAAAAGGAGGACUUGUGGCACCUUAGAGACUAACCAAUUUAUUUGAGCAUAAGCUUUCGUGAGCUACAGCUCACUUCAUCGGAUGCAUAAGGUGCCACAAGUACUCCUUUUCUUUUGCGAAUACAGACUAACACGGCUGCUACUCUGAAACUUAAAAUUCUGCCACGAAACUCCAGAGAGGCUUGGAGUGAUUUCCCUUGCCUCAGGGGCAAUAUACACAGUCUCUGAAUAACCUUAAAUCAUCACCGCCCACAAAUGACUUAUCCCUGAGCCUCAGGGCUUGUCUAGAUGAACAGUUAAUGUGCAGCAAGCUGGGGUAUAAAUCUACAGUCCCCUAACUGUCCAUGUGAACUCUGAUACCACUCCCUAAAAGUUCCCCAGUGUGCUUUGAUCUACUCCACUUUGAAUUGGAAAUAAGUCAGACAUAUAAGGUGUAAGCCUGGCUCUGUUGCAAAUUUGCAGUCAAUGGGACAUUUGCUAUUGAUUUGGAUAGGACCAGGAUUUCACCAAUAACUGUGAAAAGAAAACGUUUUGCCAAAUGAUACUGCCACCUUCCUGGAUCAUAGCGAUGAGAAAAUGUUUUUGGUUAAAAGGGAAAACUAAUGAAUAGAUUCUGAAGUCCCUCCCACCCUUCACUCCAAACAUACAAUCCAUGUACACAGUAUUUACCGCAGCCCCAGGAAAAGCUGCUUAUUAAAAUAUUGUCAGCACAUCGCAUGCCUGCAGGUUAGUAAAUUAGGCAGUCCCAAGGCUAGAAGCAUUCUGAGCUGGAAUCCCAGAUUAAGCAAAUUGAAUGUACCUUGAGAACCUAGGAAAAACAUUGUACUAUAAGGAAGUUCCUCUGCUAGGCAGAAAAAAAAAUUAUAGACGAGAACGUCUCUCCAGACACAACCGCUAUUAAUACUGUUCCUCUUUGUACUCCCACGGGGGAGGCUUUUAUAAGCAGGCAGAGCCUGAACAGCUGGUAGCUGAACUGCAGUUUCUGCGCCCCAAGUAGCCCCUUAUAAAACUGGACCCAGCUGCUCUCUGCUUCAUAGCUGACUAGUCUCACCUCACUUUCUUGCUUUAUGUGUCACUUCCUUUUUUGCUGGGUCGAGGAAAGUGGCGAUACACUCCAGGAUUAGCGGAACCAAGUCCCAGAGGAACCAAACUGAAGGACAUCAGGUGUGUUUUCUGCUUGAUUUAUAGGUGUGAUACACACAGAUAUCCCAGCCUCCCUCAGACAGAAAUCUGUUUGCUUUUAAUUCACAAUGAAAACAUUUGUUUCCAAUUAUACUAACUUCUGUUUGGGCUGCCAUUGUGAAUAUAAACUUACAGUGUUCCAACUUUCCAAAUAAAACAGAUUUAUAAAUCGUAUCAGCGCACAUAGAAGUUAAAGUGUAACUUAAGGUAGUAACCUGUCAUAUAAUGCUCACAUAAUAAAAAGCUUUGAAAUGUGGCUCGCGCUAUAGGCUUUAUUUCAAUGGGACUAGUCCUAUAAAUAAUUGCAGUAACAUCAGGCUCUAUGGCCCUGAUCCUGCAAUGAUCUCUGCAUGUAGGCAGGGGUCCAGACACUCAGAGCUCACUGAAGGAGUAGCAUCUAUAUUUGGGCAGUGCUGUGUAAAUGUAUGAGGCUAUAAAGUGAUUUUUAAUUUAAAAAAAAAAUGGCCUCCUGCCCCCCAAAAAGGGGUGAUUCCUGGCUGCACAUCUUGCUUAUAGACUGUGGAAAAGAUAAAACCCAAGACCUCUGGAAAGAUCAUAAAGGAAAACUACACAAGAAAGAAAAAGAAGAAAAAAGACAGAAGAUGGUUUACUAUACUGAAGGUAAACCAUGCCGGUAUCUUGUUAGAUAACAGUACAGAUGAAGGCUAGGCAAGUUACCUUUAAAAGAUAAGUUGGGGGCAGAUUUUUGUCAUUCAUCCUAUAUCUAAGACAGCACCUUUGUGUUUUUUAACCAAGAAGGAAGGAGAAGUGCUCUGAACAGUUACAACGAGGAGUCCAGUGGUACCUUAAAGACUAACAGAUUUAUUUGGGCAUAAGCUUUUGUGGGUAAAAAAUCCACUUCUUCAGAUGCAUGGAAACAAAAAACAGUCUCCCUUUCUCUGGCAUGCUGCGGACACUGGACCGAGGGCCCUUGGCAUACUAGAAAAGACAUACAGUAUAAAGACUCUUGUAAGAGUGAGCAUCUUAUCUGCAAAACAAGUAGUUAAAGCAAAAAUUGUUUCGUUUUGUGGUCUUAAUGCAGUCUGACAGUUUUCUGUAUAAAGGAAAUUACUCUAAUAUUGUAAAUUAAGAGUGGUCUACAUUGUUGUGUUGUGAAGAACGUGUUCUUUAGGUGUGAUGUAAAGUGUUACAGCUGUGUCUCAAGCUAUUUAUAUGGUGUUGUCAGUGGUGUCAUUGUGUAAGUGUGUUUGCACUGACCUAUUUUAAGAGUGUGUUUCAAAAUAUGUAUUAAGUACUAUAGAUAUAUCUAAUGAAAAAUGUUUCAUGCAAUGUAUUGUACAAUAAAGAUUUAUGUAUAACA